GUAGCUACAUACAUGUAGUGUGCUACCACCUACUACCUGACUUCUCCUCAACAUUGAUUCACCCUUGUUCACACUUCACCUCGCCUGAACAACACCAUUUCCACUGACCUCCUUUCAUCUGUCCAUUGCAUCACCCUCCACUCCCUCCCUCUCUCCCAAUUACCCACCGCAAAUAUGGUCAAGGCUGUUGUCGCAGGAGCUUCCGGUGGAAUUGGACAGCCACUGUCCCUUCUCCUCAAGGCCUGCCCGCUCGUUGACCACCUCUCGCUCUACGAUGUCGUGAACACUCCCGGUGUCACCGCCGAUCUCUCGCACAUUUCCUCGAUUGCCACCAUCGAUGGCUACCUUCCCGAUGGCGGUGAGGGUAUCAAGAAGGCCUUCAAGGGCGCGGACAUUGUUGUCAUUCCUGCUGGAAUUCCACGCAAGCCCGGUAUGACCCGUGACGAUCUCUUCAAGAUCAACGCCGGUAUCGUCCAAGGUCUGGUCCAGGGCAUCGCCGAGAACUGCCCCGAUGCUUUUAUCCUCAUCAUCUCCAACCCAGUGAACAGCACUGUGCCGAUUGCUGCCGAGGUGUUGAAGAAGGCUGGCGUCUUCAACCCCAAGAAGCUCUUUGGUGUCACCACGCUCGACGUUGUUCGUUCCGAGACUUUCGUGCAGUCUCUCACUGGCGAGAAGGACCCCAGCAAGACUGUCAUUCCCGUCAUUGGUGGACACUCUGGCGAGACCAUUGUUCCUCUGUUCUCGCAGGCGAAGCCCGCCGUGAAGAUCCCAGAAGACAAGCUGGAUGCUCUGACACAUCGCGUCCAGUUUGGUGGUGACGAGGUUGUAAAGGCCAAGGAUGGCGCUGGUUCCGCCACCCUCUCCAUGGCAUAUGCAGGAUUCCGCUUCGCGGAGAAGGUCAUCCGUGCGGCCAAGGGCGAGUCUGGUAUCGUCGAGCCCACCUUUGUCUACCUUCCCGGUGUGGCAGGUGGUGACGAGAUUGUGAAGGAGACGGGCCUGGAAUUCUUCUCCGUGCCAGUGGAGCUGGGCAAGGAUGGUGCCGCAAAGGCCGUCAACAUUGUCAAGGCUGCCAAUGAGUACGAGAAGAAGCUUCUGACGAAGUGUUACGAGGGACUCAAGGGCAACAUUGAGAAGGGUAUCGACUUUGUCGCCAACCCACCCGCAAAGUCGUAAAGGGUGGAUAGCAUGAUUGAUUUUCACGAGCCUGAUGCCAGGACACGAUAGCACGAGAUCAGACACAGCCCGAGCACGUACAUGACGUACAGAGACAGUGGUGGUGCAUAAGGUAUACUGUAGUGAGGUUUCAGAGACCCCCAAAAGCUGCCAUUUUGACACGCUCAUUGCUCCGAGUUUUCAGGGAGGACUCGUGUGGUUGUUCCACCCUCUUUUCCGUCUCCGCCCGCGUGCUUCUGCAGCACAGUCACGGCAGUCGUCUUUUUGCAGUCAUCAUCAUCAUCAUCAUCUCCUUUCCAUCAUCCAUCAUCCAUCAUGGCUUGGCGCCCUUGGUCUUGAUCUGAAACGUGGCCGAGGGAAUUUCUGUUGUUUCCGCAGUGACAGUCACAUCCAAUCCCAAUCCUUGCAAAGCUCCUCGGAUCACACCACAAGGAAAAUAGAGGUACGUAUAAGCCCUCCGUAACGCUUCCUCUCCCGCUUUCGGUCCAGCUCUCCGAUCGACCGACAUGCGACUCAUGGGUUGAAAUCUCGCAUCCGUCAAGACAAAGACUCCUCGAUGAUUCGUCUUCAAAUUGUCGAUUUGUUUCCGAAAGAGAAUCGUCCAGAGAUCUUUACAGAUGAAUUUGAUGGCGUCCAAGGGUGUUUGAGGACGGGGUUUGAGGAUACUGUGGCGCUCUACAAGGCCUUGUCCAACACGAUAUCCGAGACCAUCUAAACGCCAAAAGACGGCUUCGCGCGUUUCGUCAUUGUCCAUGUGGGAUGUGGUGGUGUUUGCUGCGCCGGUCGCUAUAGAGGUUGUUGUUGUUGUUGCUGGUGCGCUUCUUUCUAUUGUGGCUGCUGCUGCAGGCGUGGUGGUAGACGCGGCUGGUGUGAGAAGUUGUUGUUGUUGUUGUCCUUGUUGUUGGUGCGUCGCACUACUAGACGCUGGUGCAGCAGCAGCAGCUGCUGGUGUUGUCGAUGCAGAGGCAUUAUUGAGAAUCUUGCUCUUACGAAACUCUUCUAUGAGAGCUUGUUCUCGCGCGUGGAGCUGGUCGGUGAUGCGCUGGGCGAGCGGGACGAGUUCGAUGAGGAGGAAGUCGAGGCAGGAGACGUUUAGCUUAGGGUUGAUGAUGUCGUCUUCGGGGAAGCCGGAAGGGUUCGACUGCUUGGACAUGGUGGACGGUCGCGGUGGCGGUUGCGGCGGUUGAUGGUGUUUUUUACAUGUUGUCUGCG